AUGUCGCAUCAGUCUAACUCUUCCGACACAACCCGCUGCCUGCCGGCCACCGAUGCCGGCUCCGAAAGCGAUCCGAUACCCGGCCAUGUGGCCAUCAUCAUGGAUGGCAAUGGACGUUGGGCGGAGCGCCAGGGUCUCCCGCGGAAAGCGGGGCAUCGGCGCGGGGUGAGCAACAUACGCCGGAUUGUCGAGUUGUUAGCCAAGCGUGGGGUCAAGGUAGUUACGCUCUACGCCUUCUCAACAGAAAACUGGCGACGACCCACCGAUGAGGUGGACGGUCUGAUGGAAAUUCUGGCGGAAGAGAUCGAGCCGCAGACCCGGGAACUGCACAAAGCAGGCGUUAGGUUGGUCCACUUGGGCGACACGCGCCCGCUGGAUCCGGCACUCCAGGAUGCGAUACGGCGAGCUCAGGCCACCACCGAGCAGAAUGUGGGUAUCACGGUCAACGUCGCUUUCAACUACGGCGGUCGGUACGAAAUUCUGCAAGCAGUGAGGCGGAUGUUGGCUGACGGAGUGGAUCCCGAGUCGGUGAACGAAUCGCUGUUCAGCCGGUACCUGUACACCGACGGUUGCCCCGAUCCGGACCUGAUCAUACGUACCGGCGGCGAGCAGCGGCUCAGCAACUUCCUCAUCUGGCAGGCCGCUUACAGCGAGUAUUACCACACACCAGUGCUUUGGCCGGACCUGGAUGCGGGAGAGCUGGAUCGCGCUCUUAGCGCCUACGGUCAGCGGCAGAGGCGGUACGGCUCCCUGGACAACCAGGAUAUUCCUUCGGGAGCGUAG